AUGGAGAAGGAAAAAUUGCCUGCAAGUAUGGAAAAUGGAGAACAUUCAGGGAAGAAUAUUGUGGAUCAGAAUGGAGAAAAUAUUUUGCAAACAGAAAGUGCUCAACGGAGAGAUACUGAAGAUCUUUUAGUAACCAAUCCGGAUUUGGUUCUGGAGGUGAAUGAUGAUGCAGAACAGGUAACCAAUGAAGUUUCAAAAUUUUCAAGACAAGAUAAUAUGAAUGAGGCCCAGGACAUGCAGGGUGGUGGUUUCAAUGGACAUGACAUGCAAGACCCGACAGUAAUGCAGGAAGGUGGAGAUUCGGAUAAGGGGGCACAUAAUUUGUCUUUAAAUGAUGCUACGACAUGUGAUACACCCUCUUAUCAGAACAAUGUAGCCAAUCCUCUUGAUCAAAACAAUGAUGCCAGUCCUCCUGAUCAGAACAAAAUCUGUUUAUGA